UGAAUGUUUGCCUUCACUAACUUGACAGUAGCGAAAACAUGGCAGACGUGGUAAAGGAAGUUGUUGGCCACGAUGAAAAUUUGACAGAAAGUGUCAUCAAUUCAACAACCAGAAUACCAGCAACGGCAGAAGGGAUGGCCGUUGCUUAUGGAAGUCUUGUUAUAAUGGCUUUACUUCCAAUAUUUUUUGGUUCUUUUCGCUCAGUGAAACACCAUAAGGAGCAGAAGGAAUCAGGAGAGAAGCCUGAAACUAUGUCACACAAAGAUGCUGCAAUGUUUCCUAUAAUAGCCAGUGCAGCACUAUUUGGAUUGUAUAUUUUCUUCCAGAUUUUUUCCAAGGAAUAUAUAAACUUACUGUUGACGGGAUACUUCUUCUUCCUUGGUAUCUUGGCGCUGUGUCAUCUUAUGAGCCCAGUAAUAAGUUCUCUGGUACCAGCUGCUAUUCCAAACAUUCCAUUCCACCUACACUUCACACAAGGUGGACCUGAUGGUGAUGAUGACCUCAUUAAUUACCGUUUCUCCUCCCAUGAUGUCGUCUGUCUUGUUUGCUGCUCGGUUGUAGGAGCAUGGUACCUUAUUAAGAAGCAUUGGAUUGCUAACAACUUGUUUGGCAUUGCAUUUGCCAUAAACGGUGUUGAGCUUCUCCAUUUGAAUAAUGUUGUGACAGGCUGCAUCCUCCUGUGUGGGCUGUUUGUGUAUGAUGUCUUCUGGGUAUUUGGGACCAAUGUUAUGGUAACUGUUGCCAAGUCCUUUGAGGCUCCAAUUAAAUUGGUUUUCCCACAAGACCUCCUCGAACAAGGAUUAUCAGCAAACAACUUUGCUAUGCUUGGUUUGGGUGACAUUGUAAUACCAGGAAUUUUUAUUGCUCUACUUCUACGUUUUGAUAAUAGUCUGAAGAGGAAUUCCAACACUUAUUUUUAUGUGACAUUCUUGGCAUAUUUCAUGGGUCUGAUGGCCACCAUCUUUGUGAUGCAUGUGUUCAAACAUGCCCAGCCUGCUCUUCUGUAUUUGGUGCCUGCAUGUUUAGGCACUCCACUGCUCUUGGCACUUCUCAGAGGAGAUAUCAAAGCAAUGUUUCAGUAUGAGGAUCAUCCAUCUGAAAAGGCAGCAGAAACAACUGGAAGUAAAACAGAUGUAAAGAAGGAAAAGUAAUAUGAAUACAUACAGAAUAUAAAUUUGGCAUAAUAAUUGAACAGUAAGGAAAAUGUAAAAUAUUAUUUGGAAAUAACCAGUACCACAGUUUCAGAAGUGGCCCAGAGAUGUAAUAUGUAAUUUAAUAAGGCAGUGGAUGGCUUCAAAUUACAUAAGUUUCUAUUUCAUUCUUUCAUUUUACUGGGCAGUUCAUGCAAUAUAUUUUAAUACAUAAAUGCAAAAGAUGGUGGCAUGCUUUUAUAACUGUGUAUAAGGUAUGCUUGUAUAUUGAGAAAUAUCUUUAUUUCACAAAGAUGGUUAUGCAGUGUUGCACAGAAAGUCGGUGACAUUACGCCAUUUGGUAAAUGUUGAAGUAAGAUUAUUGAUCUUGAUAAUUUUGUAUUAAAAAACAUUUUCAGUUUCAGAGCAAUCACCUGCAACCAAAGUUUUGCUGUAUUUCAGUUGCUUUGGAUUUGUUUAUAUUCAAGUUCUUUUCUGGUAUGUUUCAAGUUUAAUUGUUUGUGAAUGCCAGUUAGUUGAUCUAGAAUUCCUUAAGCUUGUAUAUAGUCCUCUGUAGAUUAAUAUCCAAUGAAAUGUAUUCUCAGUCAUCAAUUGUGAUAUCCUAUACAGACAUAACUUUUGAUGAUCAUAGAAUUUCCAAAACUUUGUAUGUACUUAAGAUUUUCUCUAAGGUCAGUGAUCACUGUCUACCAUUUUAUGGAAUAUAAACUGGGGUAAAACUACGGUAUCUGUACCUUCUGUAAACUGUAAUUGCAUUAUCAAUCCUGCAUAUGAACUCAGAUUUAAAAAUAAAUACAUAAAUGGGUAAUUUCUUCCAAGUUGCUUCCAAUAGAUUAAAAUACAUACAUUAAAAUGCAUUGAUGUCAUUCUUGCUUUAACAUGAAGCAAACAAGUCUUUUAUUAAAGACUACCUGAAUCUGGCACCCGCUCAUUAGUUUAAAUGUACAUUAAAAUACUGAAAUGUGUAUCAAGUCUAUUUGAAGGUCUCCAUCAAUUUAAAUAUAUUUUCCAGGCAAGAUAAGUUUCAGAUUAAAUUUAUGAGAUAUUUUUUACAUAUGCAUUUCACUGAUGUGCACUGCUGAAGCAAUUACUAGCAAGGCUGAAACAAUCUGAAGUAAAAAUUUAUGGAUCCACCUUGUGCAAGUAAAAUGAAAUAUGCCUCAUUUGUCCAACAUGUUAUGCAUACAAAUUUCACUUUGUUUUGUAGAUGUAACUAUAUGUUUGUACUGAAGAUUUUAAAACAUUCAGACAUCAGUCCUCGGAUAUGAACUUGUCUGGAAGAACUUUUCUCAUGUUUCACUGUAUUUUAUUCUAACUGUAUUUUCUUUCCAUGUUACCUGUGAAAUGUUACAUGUUCUCAUAAAAAUGUUCAAUUAAAAGUUGGCCACCUUAACUCUUUUGCACAAAAGCCAUUAUGCAUCGCACAGUUUUACUUGUCAUUGUCUUGUUGGGACAUUUAAGAUACCGGCACAUUAUUGUUCUGCACACUUUACAGAGUAAGUUAAAAUUGUAAAAGAUUGUUUAUUCUGGUUGUGUUUACGAACUGCCAUAAAACUGUCUUAAGAUCAUAAUUGUACAGAAUUAAAUUUCUAUCCAUUCUUACAUAAGUUCAGGUUAACAUUUUAAAUGUAAAUUCUUCAAAGCAUUAAUGCCAUUUAGAGUUUGUGUUUACUUUACUCUCAAUCCUUUGUUGUAUUGCCAAAAUAUUGUGAAGAUGAGUCCAGGAGCUUCCAUAUUCUGCGGGAAUUUGCUGGUAUAUUACAACCCUUUCUAUGCUAUGAGUAAGAUUUCUUGCUCAUGGACUACUACUUACUUCCCUGAACGUUGUAUAUGUUAAAUGCUUUCAAUGAAAGUAUAUUUUCCUUCCACCUCUUUAUAUUGUGGUUUUCAUUAGUAAAAAUUACAAACUACUAUGAAAACAAACAAGGUGGUUAUUUUAUAUGAGAAAUUUUAGAUUUUCACUGUGGUAAAGAUAUGAAGUGUGGUCUCAUGAGUUUGGAUGCUGUGCUGUCUUGUAGGUUAUUAAAUAUAAGUUGCAUGGCAUAAUAAUCCAUAAGAUUAUAAUCAAAAAUUAUUUUAUAAAUUAUGCUCAGAAUGGAAAGGUCAAUUCUUAUGUUUGUUCACUAUUGCUCUGUGCCUGUACACAGAGGCAAUGGAAUAUUUUCCUUUCAUACUGCACUUGUGAUAUUUUGUACUUAAUGAACAGUCUUAUGUCACAAUUUAGUGGAGUACUGUCAGUAUCAUCAAGAGUUUAUAUGUUAUUGUGGAAUUUCAGUUCAUAGUUGUUCAUGUUGCUUCAACCUCCAGAUUAUGUGGUCAGUAUGUACACAUGUGUAGUAAUGGUGGCUAUUCUACUUUUUUUUGUGCUUAUCAUAGGAGUGUGCAGGAGGAUACCACCACCACUUACACAUAUAUUCCAAAAUUGUGACAGGUUAGCAGAGGAAGAUAAAUUGUCUUGGAAUAAACUUCCAGUGGAAGUUUCAAUGUAAUGUGGCACUGGAACACACACAUCCCUCUUAUCAUUAUAUGGAAAUCUGCCACCUUAAGUCUUCCAAAUAUAAACCCUAAAAAGAGAUUUUGAUGUUCAAAACAUUCUCAAAAUGAACUGUAUGUUAGGUGCUGUAUCAACUGCAGAGACAUUUGGUGUCAGAUGAUGUGAGAGUAUAAUCAGAUAAGGUGAACUUGUCAGGAUUUGGGUGAAGUAGUAAUUACCUGAUAUGAGGAGCUAUCCCAGCAUUUGUGUAGAGGGAUAACCCUUGAUUCAGUCUACUUAGUCCCCCCUGUCAAAGUAAAUGGGAUCUGUGCUCUCCAAAUAAAUAUAUUCCAUUUUAUACUGUGCUGCAACCCACAAUAAGAUAAAAAAAUCUGAUUUCAGAAAGGUUAAAGUGGAAAUUCCAUCUAUCUCUGACCUAGCAAGGAAGUUCACAAUGUAGGACAGUUUACAAUAUCAACAGCUGCAAAUCAAAAAACAUCUUGAAAGUAGUAGUUUUUGCAGCAGAGCUCAUAUCCAUAGUUAUACAUUUGCAAGAUUUCCAUAAUAAAUUUAUUUAUGUGAACUUGACUGUGUGACUGCAAUGCAGGUAUUGUCAAAUACAUGAGCUGGGAAUAGGAUUAAGCCAUUGGCAGGAGCGCUGAAUGUUGCAUCUCUUCUUUAUAUGUCCAAGAUAGUCCUGGAGCCAUCAGAGAUGAGAGAAGGAUAAACAAACUACAAAUCACAAUCUAGUCUAGUAGAGGUUUCUCUCAUUGCAUUGUAUAUGCUAUGGUGAUUGGAUGAAGGUAAAUUUUAUCCCUUAUGUUAUUGCACAAUGUUUUGGCUUGCGCUUGACUAACGAUUCAUCUGACUUCACAAUGUAAUGUGUCAUAUUAAUCUAGCUUUCUCUGGUUAUUUUGCUACAAUCAGACUUUUCUAACUGACUCAUAUAUUACUGAUAAUUAAGCUCUUAGAAUUAUAUUUUGACCACAAAUCCCUGUGCCUCAAAAAAGUACAUCAAUUCAGAACCAUAUAAAUAAGCUACUUCUAUUUUAAAUCAGUAAUUUGUGGUCCAUUUGUAUAGCAUCUUCUGGAUGAUAUAACUUCAACAGAUGGCAAUGUCAGCAGAAAUUCAUAUUCAGAAUUGUCAGUGUAUGUUGCACAAAUAAAAUACUUGAUCUAUAAUUAAAAAUGA